AUGUACUACAAGGCAAUUGAUGUUCAAAAAGGGCUAUUCGCAAAGUGGAAGAUUGCCGAAGAAUCAUCCGCCCGCAUCGCAAUUGGUAACUUCACCGGCACAGAUAAGCUCGACCUCAUCCCGGUGGAGUACAACGUUCCUACUUACUACGAGAAGCCCAAUCCUGUCAUUAGUCUCCACGUCAACAAAUUUGCCAAGCCCAGGCCCGCCGUGACUGAGCGUCACAUUGUACCUACGGUGUGGGACAACGGAGGCUUGGCGUAUCUGGCUCGGCCCAAGGAAGUCAAGAGCCAGCAAUCUGUUCCACUCAUUGAAAUUGUAAACUACGCAAUCAGCAUUGAGGUCCUGCCCCUCGGAGCAAAGAGUCCCGUUGGCAAGAAGGAUGGCAUCAAGGUCCUCUGCGGCUCCGUCGCUGAUAUCUAG